CACUCACUACUUUGCCAUUCCAACCUCCAAAACCUGCCCCAUGAUCGUCUCCAAUUCGUUCAACUUGUGUCGCGAUGGUUCUCUUGAACUUAAUCGCGACACUAUAACAUAUAACACAUGUACCUGCGGCGGUUAUAAUCAUGGUUAUCAUUGGGAUAAUUAUGAAAGCCCCUCUAAUCGUCCCUAUGGACGUGAUUAUUGGCACUCGAGGAAUGCCUUCUUGAAGAGUUACCAUUUCUCGGACCAAGAUAGCAUCAAGGAUAAUAAGCUGAAGAGAUCGUUGAAGGGAUUGAACAAGGCUGCCAUGGGAGUUGUUCUAGACAUCCGCAGAGAUAUUUCCAGGAGAAGGCCUGGAAUUAGGGUUUUCAGGUUUACUUUGGGUUUGCCUUCAUCAUUUGCUGUUUUCAGUAUUAGAUGUUUUGCUCCAUGGUUUAACAAAAACAAAAGAUAAUUCAGUUAUCUUUUGAAUAAAAUGUUUAAUUAGUAAGAUUAUCUUUGACCUAUGUUCCUU